AUGAAAACAAAGCGAAAACGACCAAGAUUUUGGAUGCGUAAACUGUACGAGGAAAGAAAUGAGAAAGGAGAGUACAAUUUGCUGGUUAAAGACUUGCGAUUAUACGAUCAUGAAAUGUUUUUCAGAUAUUUCAGGAUGUUACCUGACACUUUUGAGACCUUGUUGGGGUAUAUUGCCCCGAUGAUAAGAAAGAAAGAGACGAAAAUGCGAGAACCAAUAAGUGUAGAUCAAAGACUUUUAGUCACUCUGCGAUAUUUGGCAACUGGGGAUGCUCAUACAACUAUCGCUGCCAAUUAUAGAAUGAGCUCAACGACUGUUGGUCGAAUUAUCUACGAAACAUGCAACGCACUUUGGGACAAACUAAAGGAAAUGGGUUUCAUGAAAACACCUUGCACUGAAAGUGACUGGAAAAAAGUAUCUAAAGAUUUUGAAGAUCGAUGGAACUUUCCUAAUAUGCUGGGAGCAAUUGAUGGAAAGCAUGUGCAGAUGUUUGCUCCUGCUGGACAGGCAUCGAGUUUUUUUAAUUACAAAAAGACUCAUAGCAUUGUUUUGUUGGGAGUUAGUGAUGCAAAGUAUAAAUUCACACUGGUUGAUAUUGGUGAUAGUGGGUGGCAAAGUGAUGGCAGCGUGUAUGCCAACAGCAAUCUUGGCUAUGCUAUUGAAAACAAGCUUCUCAACAUGCCCACAGAUGGCAAGAUUACCCAUUCAACGAAAGUACUACCCCUCGUAUUUGUAGGGGAUGAUGCAUUUGGCCUAAAACGCCACAUGAUGAAGCCCUAUCCUUUUUCAAACCUGUCUGAGAGGAAACUAAUUUUCAAUUACAGGCUAAGCAGAGCCAGACGUGUCAUUGAAAAUGCUUUUGUAUAUGUGCUAGUCGGUUUCGUGUGUUUCAUAGGCCUAUAG